UGAAGCUGGUAAGGCUGACAUCUCUCUCUCUCUCUCUCUCUCUCUGAAAAUGAAGAUAUUCGACUGGCUGCACCGUAAGCUCCAUCAGAACGUAGACUACCACAUUUUUCCCCUUAAAGAAGAUUCGUCCCCUAACGGUGAGAUGACGUCAUCAAACCCCACGUGCGAGCGAGAUACGGAAGCUCUACUCCACAAGAACGUAAACCUAGUCGAUGUGAUGGACGGUUGGCAUGACGGCAUCCUAACCAUCGGCACGUUCGGCCUCGAUCAGUUCCAGACCUUUUCCCAAACCCAAGACCAAUAUUCCGUUGAAGAAGGAGAUAGAGAUGAACUGAAUCCGUUGGCAGAUGAGGCCUUCGCACUGAAGGUAGAGAAGGUAAUCGUUUCCAAAAAUGACAGCCCUUCUUGUGUCGUGGAAGAUGAAACAUGGAAAUCUCGUCCAUCGAUUGACGUUCCUGCCGAUAAUCCUCUCCUUCGAUCAUUUGAGACUCCAGAUUUUGACGAUGGCUGUUCGGAGGAGAAGAAAAGAAAUGGAGGGAGAACGACUUUGGCCGAUCUUUUCUCGGCAGAUGCAGCUGAUUUUGCUGAAUCUGGUAAGUGUAGUUCCGGCGUUGUUCUGACGGAUUCCAUGAAGAAAACGGCGUGCCGUACGAAGCACGUGCGCACGUGCGCUCAUUGGAAGGGGGAGGAUUCUCGUCCAGCAAGAAAACUACAUCGAAUGAUAAGAAGGGUGUUGAAGAAGAAGAUCCAUCCUGCAGCGGACGGCUCGAUCGAUGCACUGAUGGGUGGGCCCAUGCAUGGCGGCUCGAGGAAUGAUGAUGGUACACAUGAAACUAUUUCUUUACUUCAAGAUGUAGCAUUGGCUGUGUGAGUGAUUUUCAUUUGCUGGAAUUUUGUUUGAACUGUGUUGGACGAAUUCGAAGGAUGUAAGCUAUAUCUAGUUUUCAUGCAUGUGAGAUGUGGUUCUCUCCAUUUUACUGUUGCAUGGCUAGCUGUUAUGACUGUGCAUGUUUUGGCCUAUUUAUGUUGGCUUUUAGUACGUCUAAAAUAGUUGAAGAUUAACCAUAUAUGGAAUCCUAUGUCUAGUCUCUUCAUGGCACUUUUCAAGUACAUUGCUUAGGGUAGAUGAUUCCAUGGA